GGAGAUGGGAGUACUUUCCCUCCCGUUCCCUUGCUACCGUCAUAUAAAGAGGGAAAUUAAUUUCUGUGGGCUCGUACAGUGUGUGUGCUUCACUAGACAUUAUUCAUUGCAGCAGGACAUAUUAUUUGCGUGUGAGUCGUUCACCAUCAAAUCAUUAUAUAUAGAACCCAUCAUCGCUUCCCUGAUACGAUAAAGCCAUGACUGAUAUGGCAGAAUCCGAGAGUGACGUAUCAACAGACGUUUCCGCAUUACCAAUGCUUAGCCAUAGUGUGUCAUACACGUCGAUUCAGAAGCCUCCGUUUGUUGUCUCGGUCAUUGGGUCUGGUAACUGGGGUACCACAGUGGCCAAGAUCAUUGCCGAGAACACAAGGGAGAACCCGUUGCUGUUUGAGCAGAAGGUGAGAAUGUGGGUGUACGAGGAGGAGUUCGAAGGCUCCAACCUUUCCGACAUCAUCAACACUGAGCACGUGAACAAGAAGUACCUUCCUGGUAUCAAGUUGCCGGAUAACUUGGUUGCGGUGCCUGACCUGUUGGAGGCUGUCCAGUACUCCAACAUCCUGAUCUUCAACAUCCCACACCAGCAUCUGGAGAAGAUCCUGAGCCAGCUUCGUGGUAACAUUGAUCCACGAGCACGUGCGAUCUCCUGUCUUAAGGGGCUUCGUGUCAAUUUAGAUGGCGUUGAGCUACUACCAGAUAUCAUCCAAGAUGCACUGGGUAUCCACUGUGGUGUUCUUGCCGGAGCCAACUUGGCACAAGAGGUGGCAGAACAGAGAUUCAGUGAGACCACCGUUGGAUAUCCAUUGCCGGCAGAUUAUAAGCCUGGUGAUGUUGACCAUACCGUUCUCUAUACGCUGUUUCACAGACCUUACUUCCAUGUCCAUGUCAUUGAGGAUAUUGCCGGUAUCUCUUGCGCGGGGGCCUUGAAGAACAUCAUUGCCAUCUCUGUCGGAUUCGUCGAAGGUUUGGAGUGGGGUGAUAAUGCGAAGGCUGCGAUGCUGAGACGUGGAUUGUUAGAAAUGAUCAAAUUCGGUCGUAAGUUCUUCCCUGGUUGUCUUGUCAGUUCGUUCACAGAGGAAAGUGCAGGUGUCGCUGAUCUCUUCACAACAUGUACCGGUGGUCGUAACUUCAAGCUGGCCAAGAUCAUGGCUCAGACCGGUAAGUCGGCUCAUGAGGUUGAAAAGGAGAUUCUUAACGGUCAGAGUGCGCAAGGUUUAAUCACUGCGAAGGAGAUCCACGAGCUGAUCAAGAACAAAGGGUGUGAAGAAGAGUUCCCAUUAUUCGAAACCACCUACCAGAUUCUUUUCCACGGAGUGCGUAUUGGCAUUCUACCUUACAUGUUGGAGAACAAGUGGUCCAUCUCUAAACCAAACUAUUCCAGUUGAAU